AUGGCUGAACAGCCCGCGCAACAGCAGAUGAAAACUUCCUUCCUCUUCAUCCAGCUGCAGGCCCCCCCUGCCCAAGCUCUCCCCUCCCAGUCUCCAGCCGCUGCAGCCUGGACAGCCGCCCCCGGGGGGCCAGAGGAGGGACACAUUUUCCCAAGUCCCAGGACUGGCUUCUUGGCAGGCCAGGACCUCAGGCACACACAGGGCUUGGCUGCUCCUCCCUCCUGCCUGCUGCAGAAGGGGGACUCUGGGACACAGGAACCAGCUGCUUUCAGUUGCUCUGCUCUGAAGGAGGAGAGAGAGGAAAAACCCCAGGAUCUGGACGUAAGAAGGGGUGGCGUCUGCAGAUCCCCACGUCACAGGCCUUCCCCGGCCCCUGCCUCCAGGAAAUUUGGACGGCUACAGCCCCUGUCAUGCAGACUUCCUAGCCCAGCUCCCGUUAUGAGCAAUGAAAGCAGCAAUCCCUCCAUGGGAUGGAAGCACUGGCCAGCCAUCACUGUCCCCCAGGACCUGUGGAGCAUGGACCCUCAGUCUUGGGAUGCUUUGGGAUGUUCAAUUCCACAGACCAGCCUGGCUCACACUACUGACAGAGGUGAAAGUGCUAUGCUGAGGAGAGGUGUUGCCACCUGCCAGGUUCUCCCCAAGAGCUGUGAAGAGGGCACCAGCACCACUGUGCGAGCUAGGAGAGCAAGGCUCUACAGAUACUGUCCGCCCAUUCAGACCAGCAAGAGCUACCCGGCCCUGCCUGUCGCUCUGCCUCUCAAGCAACUCACUGGGACUCCUGACCAACAGAAUUCAAGAAGAAAGAACAACAAAAAUCUCAAACAUAAGCCACAUUUGUUGAACUGGGCUAUACUGAUUCCUUGAACUGAACCAUAUCAAUGAAAAAAACAAAAGGAGAGAGAGAGAAAGACAGCGUGAGCAGGG